GUUGCUAUAGCAAUCGCAAUGGCCACCGACGCAAACAGAGCUUCCAGCUAACUUUUAUUGAAAUAGACAGCCAGUAAACAAAUAAUGAGUCUAAGUGACGGAAGAAGCUCACCGGAAUUUGAUUCCGCAGAUGAAGAAGAAAAUAUUCAAAAUGAUGAUUCGUAUAUAAUGCAAGAAGACGAGUAUCAACCUCCUUUAUCGGCUAUUCCUCCAAAAGUAAUUCUUCAAGAAGAGGGUCAAGCAGAAGUAUCGUCGAGUCCAGCCUUUCAAUGUCUAGAUGAUCUUUUUCAAGAAGGUAAAUUAACGGGAACAAAAGUUGCGUUGCUGAAAGCAAAAUAUACAGAGUUACACGAAACACUAAAAAGGAGUAGGGAAAACGAACUCAACCUCCUAAGAUUAGCAAAGGACUACACAGAAGAAACUGAGAAACAGAAAAAUGAUUUAGAAUCUGCCGAUGAUUUUCCUGAAAACUGUAACACGGAAGUAUCAAAACUCAGGCAAAUUCUACUACAACACAAUAAUACAUUGAAAAUAAAAGAAGAUGCUCAAUAUCAAUUAGAAUAUCAAAUACAGAAUUUAACUGAAGAGCAGAAGAUAUUGGAGAGAGAAAAGGAUAGACUGCCAAACUCUGCAGAAAUGGAGAGAAAGGUAGCAGAACUCCAAAGAGCUUGUGAAGAUUUAAAAAAAGAAGCAAGUCAAAGACAAAGUGAAAGUAGAAGCUUGAAAGAAGAUGUUGAAAGACAGAAUAGGAAUCUUAAAAUAGAGCAAGAGCUGUUGAGAAAGAGAUUGACCGAAGUAGAACAAAUAAAGAGCAGUCUCGUUGCCGAAAAUGCAAAACCAGGUUUCUUGAAGAAGGAUGUCGAUAGAUUGACUAGACAGCAUAGAGAAUUAGAAGUAAAGUUGAAUAAUAUAGACAAAAAGUAUGAGGAAACGUCGGCCGUCGAAAAAAAUCGCAGUAAACAACUUUUCUCGGCUGAAGAAGAAAAUAGUCAAAUAAAACGAGAUUUAGAACAAGUUCAAGCUAAAUUACAGGAAACAGAGCAAAAAUACGACGUCCUUAUGAAGGAUGCAGGCUAUAUUAAAGACAGAGAAACAAUGCUUCUAGGUGAUAAAGGAACUCUAGAUAUGAGUUUAAGGCAUAUAUCAUUGGAAAAGAAGAAUCUACACGAAAUGUUUUCUAGACGACAAAGGGAACGUGACAGAGAUGCUAAAACUUACAAAAAAAUGGAACUACAACUAAAGAUUGCUGCAGACAAUUUAGUAAACACAAAUACAGUUCUGGAAAAAGUUAGAUCCGCAGCAAUCAAUGCUCCAAAAGAUGAUGGAUCUUUACAACAGAAGAAAGACGACCUAAAAAAAGAGGUUGAACAAACGAAGAGAGCUUUAGCAAAUCAGAAUUCCCUUACUACUAUUGAAACAGUUAAGGUGGAGCAAAGUAUUGCCAUGGAGGAGAGACUAUUAUAUCAACAAGGAGAUUUGAGGAUAGAAGUUGUAGAAUUAACAAGAUUAGCGGCUAUAAAGAAUGAUGAGAGAGAGCAAAAAGCUAGAGAUUUUAUGAGAGCUGAAAUGAGAUUUAAUAGAGCUGUUCAAGAUGUUAAAACAAAAGAUUUACAAAUUCAAGAUUAUCAGAAGAAAUUAAAUGAAUUGAAUAUAAAAUUAAAAGACUUUGCAAAGCUAUACGAUGUUAUAAAAACCGAAAGAAAUAAAUGUGUCCAUCUUAUCCAAACUUCAACUCAAAAGGCUGCUGAAAUGAGAGAAAAAAUAAAAAUCUUGCAAAAUGAAAUUGAAAUUCUAAGAACGUCUGUUGCUCAGAAAGAAAGACUGUUGCAAAAGUCGAGGAUGAAACAUCAAGAACAAAUCGGACAAAGGGAUUCUGUAAGGAAUGAACUGGCUAAACAACAAGGAAUUGACAAAAAAAUGAGAUCGGAAAGAGACGAACAACAGAAUGAAAUUGAUAAAUUAAAUACAAUGAUCAAUCAGACAGAAGAGCAAGUUGCCGACCAGAGGAAGAGAUACGAAAUUGCUACUCAACAAAGAAAUGAAAAAGGUAUUCAAUUGAUCGAGAGAAACGAAGAAGUUUGCGUCUUCUUAGAAAAGUGUAAUAUUCAAGAUGAAAUGAUCAGAAAUGGUGAUGUUCAAAUGAAGGUUAGAGACGAGGAGACGAGAUUCCUGAAGAUGCAAUUAGUCAAUGAAAGGAGGGAAUUAGAGCUAAUGAGGAAAAGUAUACCGGACAAAAAAGCAUUAGAAGAUGAACUUGUGACUUUAAAUAUACAAAUGCAAGCCUGUCAAGAUAGGCUUGUAGAUUUGGACGGAAGGACAGAAAAUGCUAACGACCCUACAAGAGUGAGAUUCUUAGAAGGAAAAGACCUACCUCCAGACAAGAUGAAGGAUAAACUUGAGGAGUUGGAAAGUAGAUUAGCUACUAAAGAAGAGCAAAUUUUGGAGAAAGAUCUCAUACUCCAGCAAGUGACCAGGCUUGCGCAAAGAGUUCAGAAAAAAUCCGAUUCUGGUAAAAUGGAUACCCUCAAUCUGGCUAAGCACGUAAACGAACUCCAAGCAAAAAUUAAGGAAGUUACAAGGAAAAUGAUGGGUCUUGUAUCUGAGUUAUCAAUGAAGCAAGCUCACGCUCUAAGAUUACAGCAAGAAGUAAAGGAGAAAGAGUCUAGUUUGGAGCAAGCCUACCUUAGAAUGGAAAAGAAUGAACCACCCUCAGAUGAUAUGGAAAUGGAGUGGAACAAGUAUGUUAGGGAUGAAAAUAGAAGAACAAAAGAUAUGCUCGAAGCCAGAAUGCGAACUGAAGAAGAAGAACAAUAUACACUUCCCGGUACAAUAACAUGCACUACAGCUGAACCAAGGCCUAAUGCCUAUAUUCCUGAUGAAGAAAAUGACUUACCAAUACCUAGGCCUUAUGGCGCUCAUGCUCCAUUUAAACCACAAGAACAAUCAUCCAAUAUGCGUCAUAUAAGAAAACCUGUGCAAAAACCGAUAGAAAUAUAA